AUGCCGUCCGAACGCCAGUCAAGAAUGCACAAGCACCGCUUACGACCCCAUCAUCUACAUCAAAAAGGGUUUCUAAUACUCAACUCUGCGAAGUCGAACGCUGCCAUGAACUCCACUUCUUCCGAUCCAAACGUUGACCCCGAUAUCCAAAUCGCUGACGACGAGAUGCGGAAACUUAAUGGCAGGCGAAAAGAUUUCGAAAACGCGGCGAAAGAGUUAGAUGAACUGCGCCGCAAAGCUGGGCCGAAGGAGCGUGUCAGCCCAGCUCAGGCUCUCAAAAUGGCAAAUCUGAAUAUCUUUGAGCGUGGUGAAAUUAUUGACUUCAAAGAUAUCUUUUUCUGCGGAACCCAACAUGCAAAGAAACAUGUCGGAGACUUGAAUGCACAAGCCGCUAACUUUGGCUACGAUGAUGAUCGCGGUGAUUACAAUAUUGUCAUUGGGGACCACUUAGCCUACAGAUACGAAGUCAUCGACGUUCUGGGCAAGGGAAGCUUUGGUCAAGUUCUAAGAUGUGUUGAUCACAAAACGGGCGGGUUGGUUGCUGUGAAAAUCAUCCGCAACAAGAAGAGGUUCCACCAGCAAGCCUUGAUUGAGGUUAAUCUGCUUCAAAAGCUCAAAGAGUGGGAUCCUCAUCGUCGGCAUAGCGUUGUCAAUUUCACCCAAAGCUUCUACUUCAGGGGACACCUCUGCAUAUCUACAGAACUGCUGGGAAUGAACUUAUAUGAGUUCAUCAAAGCCCAUGACUUCAAAGGAUUCUCUGUCAAACUCAUUCGCCGUUUUACGAAACAGAUUUUGAGUACGCUGGUGCUUCUCCACACCAAAAAAGUCAUCCACUGCGAUCUCAAGCCGGAGAACAUUCUCCUUGUACACCCAAUGAGUUCCGAGAUCAGAGUCAUCGACUUUGGCUCUAGCUGCUUCGAGAACGAGAAGGUCUAUACCUAUAUCCAGAGUCGCUUUUAUCGCUCACCAGAAGUCAUUCUUGGCAUGUCAUACGGCAUGCCCAUUGACAUGUGGAGUCUAGGAUGUAUCCUGGCUGAGCUGUACACGGGAUAUCCCAUCUUCCCGGGAGAGAAUGAACAAGAGCAGCUUGCCUGUAUCAUGGAGGUUUUCGGGCCUCCAGAGAAACACUUGAUCGAGAAGAGUACACGGAAGAAGCUCUUCUUUGAUUCCUUGGGCAAACCGAGAUUAACAGUCUCCUCAAAAGGUCGACGUCGGCGUCCAAGUUCGAAGGAGCUCAGGCAGGUCCUGAAAUGCGACGACGAGGCUUUCCUCGACUUCAUCUCCCGCUGCCUUCGUUGGGACCCGUCCCGCCGUCUUAGCCCGCACGAUGCCCUCAGGCAUGAAUUCCUAACAGGGCUCAAAAUGCCCUCGCGGUCUAGGACAUAUACAACGAGCUUGAAUUCCCCGGCCAAGCGGGGGAAUACUCUAUCAACCCCGUCGUCAGGGCGCCCUCUUCCAGAACCACCUGGCACGAGUCUCAAGCAUGGCACCUUUCUGCGUAGCCGAGAUGUCUCAGGUAGCUCUCCAGUCAAGCCAAUAGCCGGGAAGCGCCACUCAACUAGAACUAAAUAA